GCUCUCACGGGCCGCCAUUUUGUGUUAGGCCCACUCUUGUAAAGCGGGAGAAAAUUAUUAGCCUGGUGCACAGCACCUACAGCGGACCACAGUGGGACUGAAGAGGUCAGCUACAGGCGCUGAGCUUCCAAGCGAAUAUAACGGGGAAAAGAAACUGCCAGGAAGUGUUGGUUGGCCCGUUGCCAUGGAGGGCGAGGUUGUUUCCAUGGAGACCACUCAGAAUGCUGCCCUGGCUCCAGAAGGAAAAGUCCUGCCAGAGGGCGGAGAGGCUAUGAUGCAGGGGGCAGCCAUAUCUCCACAGGGGGAGGUGGCUGGUAACAUGGAGAUGAUGGUGAUGGACGCUCUCGACCCAACUCUGCUACAAAUGAAGACUGAGGUGUUAGAGGGAGGUGGCACAGUGACCGUAACCGGGGGAGACGAGGGUCAGAUCAUCACUCUCCAGGUGGUGAAUAUGGAGGAGCAGGCUGGUGCGGCUUUGGGCCUUGGUCAGCUUCAGCUGGUUCAGGUACCAGUAACAACAGCAACUGUAGAGGGCCUCCAGUCCACAUAUGUUGAUGCAUCAACUGCUAACAAGGACGCAGAGCCAGUUAUUUGUCACACUCUUCCCUUGCCUGAGGGCUUCCAGGUGGUAAAAGUGGGUGCCAAUGGUGAAGUGGAGACUGUAGAGCAGGAGGAGCUCCAGGCAGCCCACGAGGAGCUUCAAGGGACGAGAGGAGAGGAGGUGGAGGAGGAAGAAGAGGCAGCAGAAGUAGAAACCUCUGUGGCUCAGGAAGAAGACCCAGAAUGGUCAAAGGACCCAGACUAUCAGCCCAUCACCACUGUCCGGAAGGGAAAGAAGGGAAAGAAGAGCCGCCUGCGCUAUGCAGAGGGCGAUCGUGACAUGGAUGUCUCUGUGUAUGACUUUGAAGAAGAGCAGCAGGAAGGACUGCUGUCAGAGGUGAAUGCUGAGAAGGUUGUGGGCAACAUGAAGCCACCAAAGCCCACCAAGAUCAAGAAAAAAGGUGUAAAGAAGACUUUCCAGUGUGAGCUGUGCAGCUACACCUGUCCAAGGCGCUCCAACCUGGAUCGACACAUGAAGAGCCACACAGAUGAGAGACCGCAUAAAUGUCACUUGUGUGGAAGGGCCUUCAGAACGGUCACACUGCUGAGAAACCACCUCAAUACACACACAGGUACUCGGCCACAUAAAUGCACAGAUUGUGAUAUGGCAUUUGUGACCAGCGGUGAGUUGGUGCGUCAUCGUCGCUACAAACACACACAUGAGAAACCUUUCAAGUGCUCCAUGUGUGACUAUUCCAGCGUGGAGGUGAGCAAGCUGAAAAGGCACAUCCGCUCUCACACAGGGGAGCGACCAUUCCAGUGCAGUCUGUGCAGCUAUGCCAGCAGAGACACUUACAAGCUAAAGAGACAUAUGAGGACACAUUCAGGUGAGAAGCCGUACGAGUGCUACAUCUGUCACGCCCGGUUCACACAGAGCGGCACCAUGAAGAUGCACAUUCUGCAGAAGCACACGGAGAACGUGGCUAAGUUCCACUGCCCACACUGUGAUACUGUCAUCGCCCGCAAGAGUGACCUUGGUGUUCAUCUGCGGAAGCAGCACUCAUUCAUUGAGAAGGGAAAGAAAUGUCGUUACUGUGAUGCCGUAUUUCAUGAGCGCUAUGCUCUCAUCCAACACCAGAAGACCCACAAGAAUGAGAAACGUUUCAAGUGUGACCAGUGUGACUACUGCUGCAGACAGGAGCGUCACAUGAUAAUGCACAAGCGUACGCACACAGGGGAGAAGCCGUUUGCCUGCAGCCAGUGUGAGAAAACUUUCCGGCAGAAGCAGCUCUUGGACAUGCACUUCAAGCGCUACCAUGAUCCCAACUUUGUCCCCACUGCCUUCAUCUGCAGCAAGUGUAGCAAGACAUUCACGCGCAGGAACACUAUGCUGCGUCAUGCUGAGAACUGCACAGGAGAAAGUGCUGGGGAAGAAAAUGGAACUCCCACACCCAAAAAGGGCCGUCGUGGGAGGAAGAGGAAGAUGCAGGCCAGGGCAGAUGAUGAUGACACAGAGGGUGAGCUGGACGAGGCAGAGGAGGAAGAGGAGCUGCUAACUGAGAUUGAGGUGGAACAGGCUCCACCAGUCGUCCCUAUCCCAGCCCCUGUGGAGCCACCAGCUAAGAGGAAACGUGGGCGGCCCCCGAAGAACAAACCAGACACGGCUGCUAUCAUCCGUGUUGAGGACGAGGCCACUGGAGAGGUGGAUGACAUCAUAGUGAAGAAGGAGGUCGGAGCCGAGCAAGAUGACCAGGACGAUGGCGCAGAGGAGGUGGUGGUCGGGGGAGUGAAGUCGACCGUUCAGAUGGAGGAGCUGUCCCAGGAAGAGGGCACAGCGCAGGGGGUGCAGGUGUCUGGGGCCCCUCCGAAUGGAGAUCUGACCCCUGAGAUGAUCCUCAGCAUGAUGGACCGGUGAUGGAUGUGAACCUGUAAACACACCCAGACCCUUUUGACCACAUCUUCAUUUUAAUUCUUGGCAUUUAGGAUUACAAACAUUUGCAUCCUGCACAGAAACAAACAUCACUGUUGUAAUUUAAGAUUUGACUUUUAAUCAUGUAUCGAUAAAGACUUGGAUGAGUGAAAAAGAUUUUUUAAAAUAAGGAUUUGCCUACCAAAAAUGAAUUUCAGUACAUUUGAGUUUGAAGUGGCUGUAAUUGACAGCAGUGUCUUUUUUCACUGUUGCCUUUGGUGUUUCAUAGCUCUGCUGUGUGGCAGAGAACUGCUACAUUUAUCUAAAUGACAAAAUCUCUUCAGGCUGCAGAAUGGUCCACCAAAUGUGUUUUACCGUGGAAGAACGACUAAAUCUGUAUGUGGAAUUUUACUGUUUUGUUCUUCAUCUCUUUUCUUCUUAAGCCCAUAGUUUUUAUUUGUUGUACAACUGUUGUUAAGUUAUACAGCCGUGUGCUGUUGGGAAAAUUUGUAAGCAGAUAGUAGUGACCCCAUAAUGUGGACCUUGCUUUACUUUGUUUUCUGUAAUUUCUCACUGAAGAGCUCAGUAUACCUCUCAGUUUGAACAGACAGCUGCUCUGUAGUAAAAGACGAUGAUGAAAAUGGGCUUUUGUAGAGCAGCAUUAUGGCAAAAACAAAUACAUUUAAGCCCGAGCUGAAAGUAACUGUGAAACUUUAUCAAGAAUGUUAUAAAAUUGCAGAAAAAAUGAAAUGACACAACCUUUAGGAAGAUGAUACUGCCAUUAAUCACAGCCACUUUGCGAUAAGAAAAAUGAAAUAUUUUGAAUAUUUUUGUGUUUUGGUUUCUUUUUCUGUGGUUAGUAAAUCCAUUUUUAAGCCUAUUCUAGUUUUUAAAAGCUUAAUAGACUGCUUAUCUUUAUGCUCCUUUCCUACCACUAUAACAACCCUAGAUUAUGCAUAUGUACUAAACAUUGUCUCUGAUAAAUGCAAGGAAAGAACAUAAUUUUGCUCCCUUGUGCAGCCAUUCCACUUUGGGUUGAUGUUAUUCUUUUGUACCAUUGGCAGUGCGAUGCUACGUAGCAGCUUGAAUGACAUUUUAUGAACUGUGUGGCAGACGAGAACAGAUGUAUGACUGUACAACCAAUAAAAAAUUAGACACUGA